AUUAUAAAUAUAAAAUAAUUUGUACUCCAAGAAUUUGUACCCUGUUUUGUACACCGCAUGCAUGUACUAACAUUUUGUAUUGGUGUAAUGCUAAUUUUUGUUAACACACUAACUUUUUGUAUCAGAAUAAAUUUUUGUAAACACACUAGAAUUUUGUGUCAGUGUGAACAAUCAAAAUGUCAAUUAGUGCAUACCUUUGUUGUAGAGGCAAUUGCAAAGAUGAUAGGUGCAGUUUUUUUGGUCCUCAUCGUGACCAUGACCAAAUUGGCCGGCGGCGGGGCGCAGCUGAAGGUGGGCUUCUACGACGAGACAUGCCCCAACUUCGAGUCCAUCGUCGGCGGCGUGAUCCGGGACGUCGCCGCGACGAACCCCAACAUUUCCCCCGCCCUGCUCCGCCUCCACUUCCACGACUGCUUCGUCCACGGGUGCGACGGGUCGAUACUGGUGGAUAACGGGGCGGCGUCGGAGAGGCACGCGUUUGGGCACCAGGGGGUCGGCGGAUUUGAGGUGAUUGAGAGGGCCAAGGCGGAGGUGGAGGCCGUCUGCCCCGGCGUUGUUUCUUGUGCCGAUAUUGUCGCCCUGGCCGCCCGAGAAGCCGUCGUCUUGACAAAUGGGGCGUCGUACGAGGUGGAGACGGGAAGAAGGGACGGAGGGGUGUCAAAUUUGACACUGGCGGAUGAUAUGCCGGACAUUGAUGAUUCCAUCCAGACACUCAAGGACAAGUUCCUCAACAAAGGACUUUCCAAUAAAGACCUUGUCCUCCUCAGCGCUGCGCACACGAUUGGAACCACAGCGUGCUUCUUCAUGACCAAGCGCCUCUACAGCUUCUCCCCGAACGGCGGCGGAUCCGAUCCGGCGAUCAAUCCGUCGUUUCUCGACGAGCUAAAGGCCAAGUGCCCGGAGAACGGCGACGUCAACGUCCGUCUGCCCAUUGACCACGGCAGCGGUCAGACGUUCGACACCCAAAUACUGCAGAACAUCCGGACCGGGUUCACGGUCCUACAGUCCGACGCCCGGUUGUACGAGGACUCGUCUACGAGGAAUGUGGUGGAUUCUUACUUCGGGUUUUUACCGUUUCUGGGGCCCUCUUUUGAGACGGAGUUUGGAAAUGCGAUGGUAAAAAUGGGGAGAAUCGGCGUGCUUACCGGCUCUCAAGGUACAAUUAGGCGGGUUUGUGGAUCUUUUAGUUGAGAAUUAAUUACUGUGUGAUCAUACCAAAAUCCAAAAUAUGUAUACACACACUUAUUAUUUUAUUUUUACAUGUACAAAACAGUUCAGCUCUUUUAAAAAGAUUUGUCUCUUAGAGCAUGAACAAUGGUAAGACAAAAAUGGAAUGCCACACGGUGAAAUGGAACAUUUUAACCAAUCAAAAAUAGUCCAGUCA